GUGGUUCAUGUAAAGAAGGUGGGAAUUCGUUGCUUAAUAUUUCGCGGGCUUUUUCUAUUAGUAACUGUCAUGUUUAAGUGCUAUUAUUAACGAGCUUUAAAACGUUACUUAAAAUUAUGCUUAAAAACUACACAACUAAAGAAUAUGAAAGUUUCUCCGAAAUGCUAAUUACCUGUCGAAGCAUUUACCAGACAGCUUAUUGAAAGUCAUUUACAUGAAUUAUUCAAAUUAAUGAAAAUAUUCUUCCAGAAUGUCCAAAUCUCUGUUGCAAUUCAACUGUUCAAAGUUAUUUCAGCAAAUUUUCACAUUUUGCAGCUUUAAGAAGUAAUGUGAAAAUAAUACUAGAUGAAAAUAGCAAUAAACUGUUUUCAAAUAAUUUGCAAACUUUAAAAAAUCAAAAUAAUUUGGUCACUUUUGAUAAAAAUAAGAGUAAAUCUGUAAUGAAUAAUAAACGGGGAAGGAAAAGAAAAUGUUCUUCGAGUCCUAAAUCUAUUGCUAAAAGACCUACAAGAUCUUCGUCGUUAAAUUUAGACUCUUUGAAAACAAAAUCUAUCAAAAUGAGAUUUUUUAAUAAUGAUGAUGAUAAGACUAAUGCAAUUAAUUCAAACACUAAACAUGAAGAUAGUUAUGAGACAGAAAAGCAAUCAAGUGAUGAAUAUUAUAAGAAUUUAAAUAUAAUAAAUAAUAAAAAUUUACAGCAGUUAAGUGCAACAAAUUCAUUAAAGUGUAAAGUUCAGUCUAAAAUCACUUCAUUUUUCAAAAUGUUUGAGGAAAAAGAAACUGUUUCAAAUGAUGGUUUGUCAGUAUCAAAAAUAAAAGCUGAGGAAUGUACUAAAGAUAUUCUAUUAGCUACUCAAGAUAAGAAAAUUUUAAAUCAGAGGAAGAGAUACUGCCCAUUUUAUAAGAAGGUGCCAGAUACAUCAUUUUGCAUUGAUGCCUUUUCUUAUGGUUCAAUACCUGGUAUAAAAUACUAUUUCCUCAGUCAUUUUCAUUAUGACCAUUAUAUGGGAUUGACAAAAAACUUUUCACAUCCAUUAUACUGUAGUAAAGUAACAGCCAAUUUGGUUUCAUUAAAAAUUAAAGUUUGUACAAAUCUAUUGCAUCCUAUAAACAUAAAUGAGCCAAUAAUUCUUGAUGGCAUAGAAGUAACUGCUUUGGAUGCAAAUCAUUGUCCUGGUUCCUUGAUGUUUUUAUUUAACUUACCUGAUGGACGUUGUUUCUUGCAUACAGGAGACUUUCGUGCCACUGAUAAAAUGGAAAAAUAUCCUUUACUCUUAAAAUGUUCAAUAGAUGAAAUAUAUCUAGAUACUACAUAUUGUGAUCCUUUCUACAAUUUCCCUUCUCAAGAUGAUGUAUUACUCUAUGUGCAAUCACUAGUAAUAGAUAAAGCAACCAACAAUUCUUCUUUGUUAAUUGUUUGUGGCAGUUACACUGUUGGAAAAGAAAAAGUAUUUAAAACAAAUUUAUGUAACAUUAAUAAUAUGGCCAGGACAAUAAAUAUANUAGAAUGUAAAAUUUGGGUCUCUGCCAGCAAGCAGAAGGUUCUUCAAUGCUUAGAUGAUGAUUUUAUUAAUAACCAUCUUGUAUCAUCUGCUCAAGAUGCAAAAGUUCAUGUUCUUCCUAUGGCACAACUGAAUGCAAAGGGUCUUUAUCAACAUCUUGAAAAGUUUCAAGGAAAAUUUAGUGAAAUUCUAGCAUUGAAGCCAACUGGAUGGGAAUUUAAUUCUCGGUUACAAAAUAAAAAUUUGCAUAAUAUAAAACCUAAAUUGCUUGGUUCCAUAACUAUCUAUGGUAUUCCUUACAGUGAACAUUCCAGUUUUGAAGAAUUAAAACAAUUUGUACAGUUUUUGAAACCUAAACGCAUUAUACCUACUGUUAAUUGCAGUAAUAAAGCCAAGAGAGAAGAAAUGAACUUAUUAUUUAACAAAUGGCUCAGUUUUAAAGCUUAACUUGUUCUUCAAUAGGAUUGAUAAAGUAAUUAAUUUGUAUGGUUGGUUAUUUAUUGUUAAAUAUGUUUUAAAUAGUUCUUUAUUAAUAAA